AUUGGUCAUGUCAACAAAGGCGCAUGGUGUUCUGUAAUUUUUAUUUUCUUGAAAUAUCAUGACGAAAGACGAACCACAUAAGAAGAAAAAUGAAAAGAAAAAGAAACAUAAACUUUUCACACCCCGAAAGAAAAAAAGUGUUGAAGAAGAUGCAGCUAUUCAAUACUUAAAAGCACAGUAUGAUAAGAUUGUCUCAGAUGAAAUAAAAACAUUCAAGGAUUUCCCCCUAUCUCAGAAAACAUUAAAAGGCUUAAAAGAGAACAAUUAUAUUGUUCCCACAGAUAUUCAGAAGCAGGCUAUAGGCUAUGCAUUGCAAGGGAAAGAUAUUCUAGGGGCUGCAAAAACAGGUUCAGGAAAAACAUUGGCAUUUCUCAUUCCAAUAUUAGAAAUAUUAUUUUGUAAAAAGUGGACCAGACUGGAUGGAGUUGGUGCCCUUGUAAUAUCACCAACUAGAGAGCUGGCCUAUCAGAUAUAUGAAACUCUUAGGAAAGUAGGCCACCUGCAUGACUUCUCGGCAGGCUUAAUUAUUGGUGGUCAAAAUCUCAAGUUUGAAAGAAAGAGAAUGGAUCAAAUCAACAUACUCAUUAGCACCCCAGGACGUCUUUUGCAGCACAUGGAUGAAAAUCCUUUGUUUGAUUGUAGUCAAUUACAAAUUCUGAUACUUGAUGAAGCUGAUCGAUGUUUAGAUUUGGGUUUUGAAACAACUAUGAAUGCAAUUAUUGAAAAUUUACCACCAAAUCGUCAGACCUUAUUAUUUUCUGCCACACAGACUAAAUCAGUUAAGGAUUUAGCAAGACUCAGUUUAUCUUUUCCAACGUAUGUAGCUCCACAUGAACAGGCAGCCACAGUCACACCCGAGGCUCUACAACAAAGCUACAUAGUCUGUGAGAUAGACAACAAGUUAGGCACCUUGUGGUCUUUUAUAAGAAAUCAUCUUAAACAGAAAGUUUUAGUGUUUAUGGCAACUUGUAAACAAGUAAAAUACAUGUAUGAGCUAUUCUGCAAACUGAGACCUGGUGUCAGUUUACUGGCUUUAUAUGGAACUCUUCAUCAGGAGAAAAGGGAAAGGAUUUACCAGGAGUUUUGUAGGAAAUCCAACGUUAUUCUUUUUGCAACCGAUUUAGCCUCUAGAGGACUAGAUUUUCCUAAAGUGAAUUGGGUAAUACAAUAUGAUUGCCCUGAAAAUGUUGAUACUUAUAUACACAGAGCUGGUCGCACUGCUCGUGGAGUACUUGGCAAAGGAGAAGGUUUACUCAUUUUACUACAGCACGAAGAAUCCUUCGUUGAGGAGUUAAAAAAGAGUAAAAUUCCUAUAAAUAAAAUAUCUGUUGAUCCAUCAAAGAUAAUGUCGCCCCAAAGGAAAAUAGAGAGUCUUCUUUCAGAUAAUACAGAUUUAAAGCAAUCAGCACAGAGGGCUUUCGUUAGCUAUGUAAAAUCAGUUUCUCUAAUGAAAAAUAAAGAUAUAUUCAAUAUUCAGCUUCUGGAUACUGAUGCUUAUGCAAGAUCACUAGGUCUCAUUAUUCCACCUAGAAUUAAGUUCAUGUACAAGAAAAUGAAUAUAAAUAAGGUUUCAGAAAAAGUAACAACUGAUGACACCAUUAAAAAACUCAAGUCAAAAGCAGGUGAUGAUGAAGGAUCAGACUUAAGUGAAUCUGAAACUGACAAUACACCUAUUCUCCAACAAACAAAGAAGGUUAAAGAAAAAAAAGAUAUACCCAAAUUUGAUUUCCACAGUGAUAAUGGAGAUAGUGAUGAAGAUGUCUUUAUUAAAGUCAAAAAGAAGAAUGUUGAAGUUGAUAUGACUGCUCCUGAGGAAGAGUAUACACAAUCUAAAAAGAAAGGCAAACCUUUGACAAAAGCAGCAAUUGCAAAAAAAAUUCUAAAGAAGAAAAUAAAAGUUAAUACUACUGUAAAGUUUACUGAAGAUGGUGAAGCAAUAGAUGAUGACAAAAAAGAUGUAAAAUCUGAACUAGCCAAACAGUUUAUCAAUGAAAAUGUAGGAGGUAUUGAUAUUGAAAAAGCGAAAGAAGUAUUGCGCGAAGAAGACAAAUUUGAUAAAAUAAGAUUUAGGGAAAAGGUUAAGGCUAAACACAAAGAGCAAAAACGUAAACUUAAAAAUAAAAAGAAAGAAGAUGAUGGAGAGAAAGAUGACUUUGGAUCGCAAUCUGACUCUGAUGAUGUGGACUUGUCAUGGCUUCCAGACCCUGAUAGGGUUUAUGGGGAAAAAGAUGAUAGUGAUGUGGAUCUAACCAAGCCUAGUAAUGACAAUAAUACAGGCUCAGGAAGUGAAGAUACAGAAAUUUAUGAAAAAUAUCACAGACCACCAAAGCGCAAGCUUCUCGAAAAUAAAGGUAUACCACAAGAAAGUAUAGCACCUCGUAAAGUGAAGAAGAUUGAGGAAGUGUCCGCAUCACUUUCUGUUCAGGAAGCAGAGGCCCUUGCUAUGCAAUUACUCAAGUCUAAACGGAAAUAACCCAAAAACUUUUUAAUAUAUAAAUUCGAAAUUU